CUCUGCGGGCAAGGGGAGGGGGCAGAAGCUGGUGGUGGAGUAGGGGCUAGAGGAGUCCGAGCCGAUGUUUACACCGGGCAGAGAUUUGCCUGGGUAACAUAAUGCCAGCUGAGCGCAAAAAGUCAGCCAGUAUGGAAGAAAAAGAAUCUUCAUUAAAUAACAAAGAAAAAGACUUCAGUGAAAGGCGAUCAGUGAGCAGUAGAGAGAAACCAAAGGAGGAUGUGAAGGUUGGCCUGAAGAGAGAGACUCUCAAGACACCUGAAGAUAAAAAGAAAAAACUGGAGGAGGAUAAACGGAAAAAAGAAGACAAGGAGCGAAAGAAAAAAGAAGAGGACAAGAUAAAAGCUGAAGAAGAGCAGAAGAGGAAAGAGGAUGAAGAAAAAAAGAAAUUUGAAGAGGAAGAGAAAAAGAAACAAGAAGAGGAAGUAAAACGUCAGCAAGAGGAGGCAGCUGCACAAUUGAAAGAGAAAGAGGAAGCACAUCAACUCCAUCAGGAAGCUUGGGAGCGCCAUCAAGCAAGAAAGGAACUCCGCAGCAAAAACCAGAAUGCACCAGAUAACCGCCCUGAGGAGAAUUUCUUUAGCAGGCUGGACUCGAGUCUGAAGAAGAACACUGCUUUUGUUAAGAAGCUAAAAACUAUCACAGAACAACAGAGGGACUCCUUGUCUCAUGAUUUUAAUAGCCUCAAUUUAAGCAAGUACAUUGCAGAAGCUGUAGCUUCUAUUGUUGAAGCAAAGCUGAAAAUAUCAGAUGUGAACUGUGCCGUGCACUUGUGUUCUCUGUUUCACCAGCGCUAUGCUGAUUUUGCUCCAUCACUUCUUCAGGUUUGGAAAAAGCAUUUUGAAGCAAGGAAAGAAGAGAAAACUCCCAACAUUACCAAACUAAGAACUGACUUACGUUUCAUUGCAGAAUUGACAAUAGUUGGGAUUUUCACUGAUAAAGAAGGUCUGUCUUUAAUCUAUGAACAGCUAAAAAACAUUAUUAACGCUGAUCGGGAGACCCACGCUCAUGUUUCUGUGGUAAUAAGCUUUUGCCGGCACUGUGGAGAUGAUAUUGCUGGUUUGGUACCAAGGAAGGUUAAAAAUGCUGCAGAGAAGUUUAACUUGAGUUUUCCUCCUAGUGAGAUAAUCAGCCCAGAGAAGCAACAGCCCUUCCAGAAUUUGUUGAAGGAAUAUUUUACAUCUUUGACCAAACACCUGAAAAGGGACCACAGAGAGCUACAAAAUAUUGAGAGACAAAACAGGCGUAUUCUGCACUCUAAAGGAGAGUUGAGUGAAGAUCGACACAAGCAGUAUGAAGAAUUUGCAAUGUCCUAUCAGAAGCUGUUGGCAAAUACUCAGUCUCUGGCUGAUCUGUUGGAUGAAAAUAUGCCGGAUCUUCCCCAAGACAAACCAACACCAGAGGAACAUGGGCCUGGCAUUGACAUUUUUACCCCAGGCAAACCUGGAGAAUAUGACCUGGAAGGGGGCAUCUGGGAAGAUGAAGAUGCUCGAAAUUUCUAUGAGAACCUUAUUGAUCUAAAAGCUUUUGUGCCAGCCAUUUUGUUUAAAGAUAAUGAAAAAUGUUCUCAGAACAAGGACUCCAGCAAGGAUGAAUCUAGAGAUUCAAAAGAUGCCAAGGAUAAUAAGGAUGUUGCUGGUAGUGAGGAUUUGGAGUUGGAUAUGGAGAAUUUGGACAUUAAUGAUGAUAACUUGGAGUUAGACUGUGGAGAUGAAGCAGAAGAUCUCACAAAAAAGCUUCUUGAUGAGCAAGUAUGCUCAGGCAGGAGAGAGGGAGCAGAUAGCACCGGAGCUGAAAAUAGUGACGGAAAACAAGCUGAAAGAAAACAAGAGGAUGAAGAAGCCAGUACUGGGUCUCACUUAAAACUGAUAGUAGAUGCUUUCCUUCAGCAACUCCCAAACUGUGUCAACAGAGACCUCAUAGACAAGGCAGCAAUGGAUUUUUGCAUGAGUAUGAACACAAAAGCCAAUAGAAGAAAGUUAGUACGAGCUCUCUUCAUAGUUCCUAGACAAAGGAACAAAUGAUGAGAAAGAAACAAGCCAUGCAUCUCGACGCACGGUAUGUCACAAUGGUGGAGAAUGCGUACUACUACUGUAAUCCCCCUCCUGCUGAAAAAACUGUGAGGAAGAAACGCCCACCUCUGCAGGAGUAUAUUCGUAAGCUUCUUUACAAGGAUCUCUCCAAGGUCACCACUGAGAAGGUCCUGAGACAGAUGCGCAAAUUGCCCUGGCAGGAUCCUGAAGUGAAAGAUUAUGUUAUAUGUUGUAUGAUCAACAUCUGGAAUGUGAAAUACAAUAGUAUUCACUGUGUAGCUAACCUCUUAGCAGGGUUGGUACUUUACCAAGAGGAUGUUGGAAUUCAUGUUGUGGAUGGAGUGCUAGAGGAUAUUCGCCUAGGCAUGGAGGUUAACCAGCCAAAGUUUAAUCAGCGACGGAUCAGCAGUGCCAAGUUCUUGGGAGAACUUUACAAUUACCGAAUGGUCGAGUCAGCUGUAAUAUUUCGAACUCUAUAUUCAUUUACAUCAUUUGGUGUGAACCCUGAUGGUACUGCUAGUCCACUGGACCCUCCAGAACAUCUUUUUCGAAUUAGACUGGUCUGCACCAUCCUUGAUACCUGUGGGCAAUAUUUUGACAGAGGUUCCAGCAAACGGAAGCUUGAUUGCUUCCUUGUGUACUUUCAGAGGUAUGUUUGGUGGAAGAAGAAUUUGGACGUUUGGACAAAAGACCAUCCAUUUCCUAUUGACAUUGACUAUAUGAUCAGUGAUACGCUAGAACUGCUGAGACCAAAGAUAAAACUCUGCAAUUCUCUGGAAGAAUCUGUCAGGCAGGUACAAGAUUUGGAACGAGAAUUCUUAAUAAAACUAGGCCUUGUGAAUGACAAAGAUUCAAAAGAUUCUAUGACGGAAGGAGAGAAUCUGGAAGAAGAGGAAGAGGAGGAGGAAGGUGGAGCAGAGACAGAAGAACAGUCUGGAAAUGAAAGUGAAGUAAAUGAGCCAGAGGAAGAGGAGUGCUCAGACAAUGAUGAUGAGGAAGGUGAGGAAGAAGAGGAAGAGAAUACCGAUUACCUCACAGACUCCAAUAAGGAGAAUGAAACUGAUGAAGAGAACACAGAAGUAAUGAUUAAAGGAGGAGGACUUAAACAUGUUCCUUGUGUAGAGGAUGAGGACUUCAUUCAAGCAUUGGAUAAAAUGAUGCUGGAGAAUCUUCAGCAACGGAGUGGAGAAUCUGUGAAAGUACAUCAGCUGGAUGUUGCUAUUCCUCUGCAUCUCAAGAGUCAGCUAAAGAAGGGUCCACCCUUGGGUGGUGGGGAAGGAGAAUCUGAGUCGGGAGACACAAUGCCAUUUGUCAUGUUAACUCGAAAAGGCAACAAGCAGCAGUUUAAGAUCCUAAAUGUGCCAAUGUCUUCCCAACUUGCUGCCAACCACUGGAAUCAACAACAAGCUGAGCAAGAGGAGAGAAUGAGAAUGAAAAAGCUCACUCUGGAUAUUAAUGAACGGCAAGAACAAGAGGACUAUCAGGAGAUGUUACAGUCUCUGGCACAGCGUCCAGCUCCAGCAAAUACUAAUCGUGAACGGCGGCCUCGUUACCAGCAUCCGAAGGGAGCACCUAAUGCAGAUCUAAUCUUUAAAACUGGUGGGAGGAGACGUUGAUCCAGCAGCAAGUGUCAUUUCAUUAGGUCCUGUAUCUCUGAUGUUGUGGAUAGUGGAGUCCUCCAGCAAUUAAAUGAGAGCCGUGGACACAUCUCAGCAUGUCAGUCUAGAGAGUUCAGAAUCGAAACCUGGGACAGGCUGGAGCCGUGGGGAAGAAACACCAGCCUCCACUAAAAACAGAACAAGUGGAAGCUUCCAAGUCAUGGCCUACAAAAAAAGCAUUUUGUUACAGGAACCGUGUGAGGGUUAAUCUUCUCAUGAGAAUGGAAGUAAAUAAAUGAGAUGGUUAACUUGACCAGUGAGCAGUUCAGUUACAACAAAGAGCAAUUUAAAAAUAAGAUGGAUUACACUGGAACGGGAAGAGUUUUGAUGGCUCGAUGUGAGGCAAAACAAAGAAAGUUCUAAACCCAGUGGGAGUUAUAUUAUCUCUGAAUCGAGCAUUCUGUGGCAGAAGAAUAUUCUUUUGGGGGCUUCAAGUCUACAGUAGAAAAGUGUAGAGCAAGCAGUAAAAUCUUAUGGCAAACCCUGACAUGUAGGAUGACGAAAUUAUGAUCAAUUACCAAACAUCAGAUACUCCACAGAGGGAAGGCUUUUGUUUUAACAAUAACCUUUUUCUAAAAGGAAUAGGCGGGAGGGGGAAAAUCAAACAGAGGCAAAGAGAUAAAAUUGUCUGUUAAGGUUAAAGACAAAAUGUGAAGUUUAUUGACACAGUGUUUACCCAAAUUGCAUAGAACAGCCUGACACCAGCCUAGGAACAGGGAUAUAGUUGAGCCCCAUUGUAAGUAUCAUUGAAAACCAAAAUGUGCCAGUCAGCAUGACAGAAGGACAUCAAGGAGCGGAUCCAAAUGUUUCGUUGACCUUCACGGGUUGACAAGCCUUUGUGUCCAAAAAAAGAGAGAGAGAAAAGUCUGGAAAUAAAUAGAAUUUUUAUUUUAUUUUUUUUCUAGGUAGAAAAGAGGUUUCUUGGUCCGUUUCUGACAAUCUGUUAUUUAUUAGUAUAGUUGUGUUUUUUUGUUCGCUUUCAGGUAGGUGUAGUACAUUCAGUUAAAGAGCACAUCUGUAUGCUACUACUUGAUUAAAUCUUUUUUUCUAGCUCUUUUAAAAUUCUUUCUACCACUGGUUUGGUUUUUGCAUGUAGAAUAAAAAGACUUGUAAAAUUGUAACAUUUCAUACAGAAAUGCCGCCCGAUCUUCACCAGCUUCAGAAAUCUGACCUUUGCCGAUGCUGCAAUAAAGUGUUGUAAUUUAGAA